CAGCUCGUUCUCAAACAGAAACGCACACCGCGAGCGGACUCACUGCUGAACGGGCGGCACGAGACUCUUCCUCACCACCUUCGCCGUCCUCUUCCUCUGAUGGAGGGAUGCUAACAGGAGAGCUUCAUCAUCCUCAUCUUCAUCACCGUGUAUCAUCAUCACCACCACCACCGCGAGCGGAGGGACAGAGCUAGGAGCAGCAGCUCUCCGUGGGCUAAAAAGUUGAGGAGGAUCCGGUUUCAUAACGGAGCACCGGAGGGACCCGUGCCCGGCGUUAACCCGGGAUAAUCCGCUUGACACGGUUCAUUUCUACUUUGGACUUCAUAGAAACGGAUCCGGUGCUUUUUGAAGAGGAAUAGCCUAUUGUGAGGCUAUAACGGAUCACUGACGGCGCUUUCAAGGAUCUCUUUCUAACUGUCCCCGGUAGGGUACGGAAACUGAUCUCCGGUGUGUUUAACAAUCUCUAACGUUACAAAAGGACACCUUUUUCUAAUUUCUUUUUUUUUUUUACCGGAUUUUCCGGUGUUUAAAAUGACUUGUGUGUUUGAACUGAUCAGUGACGUUUUCAAAAUGAUCCCCAGGUGUUUGUUGUAACGGAUUCCCGGUGGUUAAACUGUUCAGUAACGGAUUUCUGACGUUUAACAGCCAACAACUCUCUUUGUGUUCAAACUGACAUCUGAGGUGUUUAACGGAUUUCUCACGGUAGUGUAACGGAUCCUCGGACAGUCCCGGGUGGACUUGGCGGUUUUCUGACCGACGGUAACCCCGGCCCCCUCCCCCGUUAGCCUACUGGAAAAAGAAAUAGAAGAAGAAGUAACACGGCUGGCCUAGAAAGCAGGUGCUCACCGCGGAGUUCAGAGGAACAACUGCUUUAACAGAAAAGCGCGGUUCUUCUCGGGACUCUAACGGAUCAUCUCCAGGGUUCCCUGAACCCAAGGGACCGACCACCGGUAGAAACCGACCCGGGGCUCACCGCUUCCCAACGGGGGCGAGAUAAGAGAAGUUACCGGAGGAGUUGAUCUGGAUCUUAGACUUCCUCGCGGACCGUUAAUGAUAGGAUAACGUUCAUCAGUAGCCUAGGCCUAAUAACAGACUGAUCUCAUUUAGGGAACGGAUUAAUUGUUGGAUUUUUAACGGAUAAAAAACCCCGCCUAUUUCUCCCGUUUUCUGUUCGGUUUCCCCUCCGAUUGGAAUCCACCGAAUCGUUAUUCCGGGGUAAUCUAUAAAUCAUAUUGAAUCCAUUUUUCAUCCAUCAGCCUCACGAACUGUAAAGCAGGGAUCGUUUAGACCCGGCGGAGAACCCCAGUGAAUUAUCUCCUCCACGGUGAAAUAACCCCACAUGCUGGCCGUAAAUUAUCCACUUAACCCCCUCAAGAGAGAGAAAGGGAGAGAGCCAUAGCGCGAGGCUGCAGUGAGAGAGUUAUUACCUCUAUGAGACACCAUCUUCUUUUUGGAGAAGUUCACGAAAAAAGCAUUUAAAACGUCAUAAACGCUCAUUUUAACUUAAAUUCUGACAAACAGAGAGACAUACUCAACCCUUCAACUGGUUCUUUUUUCAAUGUCAAUUAACCUGAAAAUCAACUUUUAAUAAUAUUCUACAGGAAAACUGAAAUGCAAUCAUAAAAAAAUUGUGGAGAUACUCGUUGUGCAUCUGUGGCUCCUAAUACUGGCCUUAAUGGUCUGUAAGGCCUUUUCAUCUCCCACUGCAUCAUCAUAAUAAUCCCAUAAUAGUCCGAUAGGGGUUUAUUUAUGCUUUAUUGCAGUUUUGGAAGAGCUUUAACUCCGAAGCAAUUAACUUUACAACAACCUGGAGACGGUGACCUGCUGCUUUAAAUCUCCUGUUAGUUUAGGCUUUGGUUCAGGAUCUCUGUCUCGAAUGCAUGUAGUGCAUGCAAGUGACCAUUUCUGAAGCUCAAAAUGAGAAAUUCCAUCAUCCAAAGGGUUUUUAAUGAAUACUCUGUGAGCAAAUCCAGCUAAAGUGUGACUUCAGGUUGUUUACCAUCAUAUACGGUCUUAACGCGGCUUUAUUCUCAGUCUAACACUUCUAUCUGUGGUGGUUUAGAGUUUAGCUUACCCAGCUGAUUCCCAGUGAAAGCCUAUGGAUGAUACGCUCACUGUAUAGCCACAUCCUCAACGGCAUCCCUCCUCCUCCUCCUCCUCAGACUCCUCUAGAACUUGAAAUCGAGCCAUACAGCAUUGAUUUUUUUUCUUUUCUCCUCACCGCAAAACCAAAACGCACACGACCAUCUCAUCCUUUCUAGUUUGUCAGUCUUGUUGCCUGAAAUGUAAAACGUGCCGCAGUGUGGGUUUUCCACCUCAAGCCACAGCUGAAGGACGUUAAUAACGGUCAAGCAGCGGCGAGGUCAGAGUUCAGCUUUUCAGAAAUAUAACUGCUGCAGCACAGACUGGAGCUUUGACAGACUGAGAAUUGGGAGCUUUGGAAGGAUCAAAAUACAAACGGCUCUUUUUCACGUUGAAUCGUCUGUAAACGAGCUGGAAUCAAACCCGAGCAUCAAUGCACUUGUUUCUGAGCCUGAACCUUGAGGACAUUUCUUUGUCGUUAGAGUGACAGCUAAAUGGGACUAAACGACAGCAGCCCGGGCGCCAUGCGGAAUGGCCGCGGCCUCUCGGACCAGUGGGCAGAGUCAGUGGUGGUCCGGCCUCGAACCACCGAGCGCCACAUCACCGUGCACAAACGGCUGGUGCUGGGCUUCGCCCUCUCCAUCCUCACCCUCAUCAUCGUCACAGCGGUGGCUGUGGUGCUCAGCGUCCGCUUCGAGGAGUGUAGCGGACGAGAUCGCAACGGAGCGUCGGGCGAGUCAGGCUCGCGAGGCACCGGAGGGUCAGCAAAGUUGAACGGGAGCCGAGGUGAGAGGACGGGGGAGAGGGGUGACGAUGAGGCGGUCCAGCCGUGGAGGAAUUUGAGGCUGCCGGGCUCGUUGAGGCCGCGGCACUACGACCUGGGGCUCGCCGUCUACAUGGACAACUUCACUUUCUCCGGAGAGGUCAGCAUCGAGCUGGAGUGCAUCAACGCCACAAGAUUCAUCGUGCUGCACGCUGACCGCCUUGAGGUGGACCGGGUGUCCGUCACAGCAGAGGGCGGCUCCGGUGGUCGUCCCGCCAACAGGCCCGGGGGCGGAGCCAUGCGCGUCCACCGCCACUUCCCCUUCCCGGCCAAUCAGAUGUACGUCGUGGUUCUGCACCGCGAGCUGAAGCCGAUGAGAGUUUACCGGCUGAACGUGAGCUUCGACGCCGCCAUCGAGGACGAGCUGCUGGGCUUCUUCAGGAGCUCAUACACCCUGCACAGAGAGAAACGUUACCUGGCCGUGACUCAAUUCAGUCCCAUCCACGCCCGGAAGGCCUUCCCCUGCUUCGACGAGCCCAUCUACAAGGCCACGUUCUCCCUCACCCUGCGCCACGACCCGCAGUACACCUCGCUCUCCAACAUGCCGGUGGAGAGCAGCUCGCUGUCGGACGAGGACGGAUGGGUGACCAACCGCUUUGCCCGCACGCCGCGCAUGUCCACGUACUACCUGGCCUGGGCCGUCUGCAACUUCACCUACAGAGAGACGCAGACCGACAGCGGCGUUACGAUCCGCUUGUACGCUCGGCCAGAUGCCAUUUCUAGCGGAGCAGGGGACUAUGCUCUCCACAUCACCAAGAGGCUUCUGGGAUUUUACCAGGACUACUUCAAAGUUCAGUACUCACUGCCCAAGCUAGACUUGUUGGCGGUGCCCAAACAUCCCUACGCUGCCAUGGAGAACUGGGGGCUGAGCGUGUUCGUGGAGCAGAAGAUCCUAUUGGACGCUGAAGUGUCGUCGGCAUCCUAUCAGAUGGAGCUGACCAUGGUGGUCGUCCACGAAAUCUGCCACCAGUGGUUUGGUGAUCUGGUGACUCCGGUCUGGUGGGAGGACGUCUGGUUAAAAGAAGGUUUUGCUCAUUUCUUUGAGUACGUCGGCACCGACUUCCUCUUUCCAAAGUGGAACAUGGAGAAGCAACGCUUCCUGACUGAUGUCCUCCAUGAGGUGAUGCUAUUGGAUGGCCUACGUUCCUCCCACCCAAUCUCCCAGGAAGUGGAGCAGGCGACGGACAUCGACCGAGUUUUUGACUGGAUUGCCUACAAAAAAGGGGCGGCGUUGAUCCGGAUGCUGGCUAACGUGAUGGGACAGACGCUGUUCCAGAAAGGACUUAAUGAUUAUCUGCUGAGUCACAUGUACAGCAACGCAGCCAGAGAUGACCUGUGGAGCAAACUGUCUCAGGCCAUGCGUUCAGAGGGGCGGGACAUCGAUAUUGGACAGAUGAUGGACAGGUGGACUCUGCAAAUGGGCUACCCCGUUGUUACUAUCAGCAAGAACCAAUCGGAGCAGCUCCCAACUCAUUACAUCACUGUCAGCCAGGAGCACUUCCUGUACGGGCAGGAAGGCAGGAGCAACAACAGUUUACAGUGGCAGGUUCCAUUGACGGUCGCUGUGGGAAAUGCAUCCAGCGUUUGUUCAGAGAGCCUCAUCUGGAUCAACAACAAGACAGAAACCCACAGGAUCAGUCGGAUGGACGACAACACCUGGUUGCUAGGCAACAUCAACCAGACAGGCUACUUCCGUGUGAACUAUGACCUCCAGAACUGGAAGCUGCUGAUACAACAGCUACACAACAACCCUGAAAUCAUCUCGGUUGGAAACAGGGCAGGACUUAUCGAUGAUGCCUUUAACCUGGCCAGGGCUGGGUACCUCCCACAGGGCGUUCCUUUGCAGCUGAUUGGCUACCUGCCGGAGGAGCAGUCCUUCCUGCCGUGGCACUCUGCCAGCCGAGCGCUCUACCAGCUGGACAAACUGCUGGACCGCACAGACGAAUACAGCCUGUUCAGUGACUAUGUGCUGAAGCAGGUUGCAUCGCGGUACCAUCAGAUGGGUUGGCCAACAAACGGCCCCGGCAGCGAGGGCAACGUGCUGCAGGCGUCCUACCAGACUGAGGAGUUACAGAGGGAGCUCAUCAUGUUAGCUUGUAGCUUCGGGAACAAACAGUGUCACCGUCAGGCGGUCGCCUACAUCUCUGACUGGAUCUCCAGCAACAAGAACAGGAUUCCUCCCAACAUCAGAGACAUUGUUUACUGCACUGGGGUCAGUCUGAUGGACGAGGACGUGUGGGAGUUCAUCUGGAUGAAGUUUCACUCUACCAACGCCAUUUCAGAGAAGAAGAUCCUGCUGGAGGCUCUGACCUGCUCGGACAACACCUUCCUCCUCAACAGGUUACUGAACCUGUCUUUAACCUCUGACCUGGUCCCAGAGCAGGACGUGAUCGACGUCAUCAUCCACGUGGGCAGAAACCCGCAGGGUCGAAACCUUGGCUGGAAAUACUUCAGAGAAAAGUGGGACAUACUCAACGCACGUUAUGGUGAAGCGUUGUUCAUGAAUUCGAAGCUCAUCGGUGGAGUCACAGAGUUCCUGAACACUGAGAAAGAACUUAAUGAGUUAAAGGAGUUCAUCCAGUCCAGCGGCGUGGGGGCGGGGCCUGCGCUGGCGCGGGCGCUGGAGAUUGUCGAGGGCAACGUGCGCUGGCACCACCUCCACCGGCGCCAGUUCUACCAGUGGCUGCGAAAGCCUCCGAGCCUCACACUCGGCUAACGCUACACCAGCUGGCUAGAGUGAAGCGACUGCAAACUGACUGCUAACUUAAUGCUAACGCACUGCUAGCUUACAGAUUCAGUCAGAUAGACUUAUUGAAUGAUGAGAGAGACUGACUUAACUGGUUAUUCAGCUGAUUUCGCUACUCCUUUUGCAUUGAAAGAGAUUUGUUGCAAACAUUUUAUUUCAGAUGGUUUAUUUCUUCAAAGCUGCUAGUUAGCAGUCACUGAUUCAGUAAUUGCUAGCUAGCAACUAGCAUCACAACUAUCCAAUGACUAAAUCGCCCCCCAAGACUGACGAUGGACACAGAGAGAAUAAUCUGCUGUCAGAUGAACAAUAGCCAACUACAACAACAAGAUCUUCUGAAUUUAAAUUGAAACAGAUGAUUUGACCAAUGAAACAUUUCACUAGUUGUUCAACAAAAUAUAAAACCUGUGAAAUGCCCAUACACAAAGUACUUUAUGUAUUUUAUCUGCAAAACAUUUAGUUGCUAUAAAUUACAAUUACGAUCAGAAAAUUCUUAGAAUUGGCAAAAUGAGAUAUUACAUGAGUUGGUAUGGUUGCUUAUUGACUUAAAAAACAAAAUUAUGUUUUCAGGC